AUGCCCUUCCGCAACCCCAUUCUCCCCGGCUUCAAUCCGGACCCCAGCAUCAUCUGCGUCGGGUCCGACUACUUCCUCGUCACCUCCUCUUUCGAGUACUUCCCUGGUAUUCCGGUCUACACCAGCAAGGACCUCAUCAACUGGAGACGGAUCGGUCAUGUCCUCACGGGACCGUCUCAGCUCAAUAUGCGGACUUGCCCUGGUAGCGGUGGGAUCUACGCGCCGACGCUGAGGUACCAUGAGGGGAGAUUCUACGUAACUGUCACUGCUGUUCACAAGCGACAACCAGAUAUGGUACCCCCUCGCGGGUUCCACGUGUCUACCAACGACAUUUUUGACCAGUCCUCAUGGUCUGAUCCGGUCUACCAUGAUGUGCUGGGAAUCGACCAAGACCUAUUCUGGGACGACGACGGUACCGUCUACCUCUCCUACGCCGUCAGCGAGUUCUCCCCCUCCUUCCACAUGUACACCAACACCUGCAAGAUCGACCUCGCUACCGGCCGGCGCAAAUCCCCCGUCAAGACCAUCAUGACCUGGGCGCACGACAAUCAUGUCGCCGAGGGCCCGCACAUGCUCAAAAAGGACGGCGCGUACUACCUCAUCACCGCCAACGGGGGUACCGAGAUCAAUCACCAAGAAUGGGUGUAUCGGAGCGAACAUGGCCCCUUCGGACCAUGGGUGGCAGGGCCUGAGGGGACGGUCAACCCUCUCGUCCACAAUGGGAAACACAGGGAGGUGCAGCAGACGGGACAUAUGGACCUGGUCGAAGGGGUAGGAGGGGAGUGGUGGGCGGUCUGUCUGGGAGUGCGGCCCGUCUGGCGCGAGGGAGAGAGCGAGCUGUCUCACUUAGGGCGAGAGACGUUCUUGGCGCCUGUAGAGUGGAAGGAGGGAUGGCCAAUCGUCAACCAGCGGAAACCGAUCUCGAUCCUCGGUAUCGGCGGCAAAAGCGACCCACCCCGGAUAUCGAAAUCUUUCGAGGAGAAGUAUGACUUUUCGCCCGGGAUGGAUAUGGGUCUGGCGGGAUGGUACAACCUCCGGACACCGCUCAAGGUCGAGCACGACCUCACGAUACGGCCCGGCUCGCUCGCGCUCCUCGGCGGUCCAUACGGUCUUCACGUCGACGAAAGUAUCACAGCUUUCUUCCAGAAGCAGACUUCGUUCGAGGGGGAGUAUCGGGUAUCUAUCGACUAUCCUGAUGCGGAGGAGGGGCACGAGGCGGGUGCGAUGAUCUGGUGGAGUAGGGGCGCGUACGUCAGCCUGGGGAUCAGGGGUACCGCUGAGGGCAGAGAGAUAGUCUUCAAGUCUGAGCCAGAUAUCGACCAGAUCACCCCCAUCCCAGCGGGAGAAGUCCAUGUCCGGAUCGUCACCACCGCUCUCCACUACACCUUCUACGCUGCCGUCGGAUCCGCGCCCGAGAGCCUCAUCGGUCGCUUUGACAGCGGAAGGCUUAUCCGACCUACAACCCCGCCAUCUAUCAUGACUGGUACCCACUUUGGCCUAUAUGCGGUAGGUGCAAACAAGAUUGGGUCGAUGACGCCGGCGUUCUUCUCCGGAGCUAGCUGGAGGGGGACGAGAGCGGGAGGUAUCUGA